UACAACCUCUUCUCUGAGAAUCUUGGUCCAAAUUAGAUCCAUUUUUUCGCUACCUCCUCUCUCCCGGGCUCCAGGUGGUGAGACUGGUUGUAAAAGCAGAGAGAACUUUGCUCCCAAUACCGUCGCACCUGCUUUGACAACUAGAGAUUGGGAAGGAAAGAGCAGGUGGUACCAAGAUGCCGAGCAUAUUUGCCUACCUCAGUGCUGAAGUUGACUGGUGUGAAGGUAAUUUCGAGCACUCGCAGUACAUUGCUGAAUACUACAACACGGUCAGCAACAUCAUUUUCUUCAUCAUAAUUCCUUUCAUGUUGACGCUGAACAUGGACUACAUGAAGUAUCGGCCCAAGCCCGUCCACAGCCUCGCCGUUAUGGUGGCACUCAUCGGUUUUUCCUCUGUGUAUUUCCACAUGACUCUUAGCUAUGUUGGCCAACUGCUGGACGAACUCUCCAUUCUGUGGACCAUGGGCCUGUGCUAUGCAUGCUGGUUUCCCACGCACCAUUACCCAAGUUUCAUCAAGAACAGAGAACAGUUUUCUUGGAUAGUGGGUAUCGUGACAGUUGUGAGCACGCUAAUGUCCUUUGUCAGACCGGUGCUGAACGCUUAUGCUCUGAAUAGCGUCGCCUUGCAUCUUCUUUAUGUGGUCUUCUUGGAAAUCAAAAGAGCCACCAACCCCCGCAUACAACGGCUGGGAGUCAUAACCGUCAUUUGGUGGGUGGUUGCCAUUAGCUGCUGGAUAGUGGAUAAGUUCUUUUGCGAAUUCUGCCAGAAGAUCAACUUUUGCUAUUUUCACAGCCUGUGGCAUGUUUUUAUCAACAUAGCUUUAACAUACUUAUCCACCUUGAUCAUGUACCUUGACGUCCUAUAUGAGAUGCCCACCGCUGAACCCGAUUUGGCAUACUGGCCUAGCAAAAAUUCGCCGAUCUCAUUACCAUAUCUCGUACUUGGGAAGCCGCACAAAUGGUGUUAGACGACAGAGAUUCCAGAUUGCCAUUGGAUCAAUCCAGGGGGCAUAUGCUGUCCCCGCUUCGUACCAAAGUAUUUAAGUGUGCAAUCAACUAUUUAUGUGUGUCAGUGGGGGGGAGGGGCACAGAGCAAUUGAUUAUUAUACUAAUGUACAAUGUUUGCAAAAGAACUGUCAUGCAACGCAGCACAAUUCUGCAUGUGCAUACUCAUGAGUAAGCCCUUCUAUGUUCACCGAGGCUUACUCCUAGAUAAGUGUGCAAAUUAUUGUAAUCUUUGUCUCUCAGGGUGCAUUUACGGUGUGACAUUCAAAGCUGCUUGGAACAGAUUUAACCAGCAAGGUUCUCCCGAGAGAAUGUUGGGAGCCAUUGGUAAUAUUAUCGUUUUGACGGGAGAUGAGAAACCUUAAAUUUCUUCUAUUGCUUCCUGGAAAAAUAGCCUAUAGAAUUCUUGAGCUGGAAAUUAUAACGGCCAAAGGAGUUUUGAUACCAAAAGGACCCAUACAAAAUAAUGUGCUGUGUGUGAUUUUUUUGGGGUAACCCUUGUGUUCAAAUAAGGGCCAGAAUGAAGCACCUAUGGCAUCUUUCUCCUUGUAAGCCCCAGCUGAGAAAACCUGGGGCCACAUUUCAGUGUUUUAAUGUUGCCUCCUGCUCACACACUUUGGAAGUGCAAAAUAAAUGUAUUUAAUUAAAACAGAGGAAAAGGCAUCUCAUGAACAAGACCAGCUGCUAAGAUGUUGCGGAAAUGCGGAGAAGCUGCCAAGAAAAGGUUGAGGAUGAAAUGUGGUAUUUCUGACUGGUGAGGAAAAGGGAAAUUAGUUGGCAUAACUGGGUGGGAGAGAAAGAAGAAGAACUAGGAGCUGAGAAAUGAGGGAGAAUUACAACAGACCCUAGGUGGAAGGGGAAAAGUUGGUACUUCCGUUUUUUAAAAAGAGGCAGAUUUGGGGAGUUAUACUAGCACAUGUUAAUGGCUUGUGUGGAUCAUCAAAACUGCCCAUUGUGACUCUUCUUCCAGAAUGGACGAUGACUCUCUCCGCCACUUGAGGUCAGGGCAGGCAAGUCCUGCAUGUGGCAGCACAGUGAUAUAGUAGAUGAGUCACAACAAUAAUUGCUUACAAGGUUUGAUUUCUCAUUUACAAAGAUAUUUCAAUUAAA